AUGCCACAGAUUGUCAAGUUAUUGUCUUGCAGACGGAGAUCUUUUCUCGAACGAAAUUCUCAGGCGAUAGUUGCAGUCGAAAAAUCUAGAAAAGGGUCGGCCCUGUUUGUGGUGCAGUGUGCGGAGCCAGUUCAUGUUGUACCUGGCAGCGGGUACUGGCCCUAG